ACUAAACAAAAUUGCUAUCAUAUUAAGCGACCUAUGAAUGCAUUCAUUGUAUGGUCCAAAGAACAACGACGUAAAAUCGCCGAAGAAAAUCCUAAAAUGCAUAAUGCUGAAAUUAGUAAAAUAUUAGGAGCAAAAUGGAAGAUGCUAUCGGAAGGUGAAAAGCGACCGUUCAUUAAUGAAGCUAAGCGUUUACAUGCUGUCCAUAUGAAAAUUCAUCCUGAAUAUAAGUAUCGACCACGACGUCGAAAAAGUAAACAAUUAAUGAAAAAGGAUCGAUAU